CUCCCCUGUCUCCUAGCAACGGCUGGAAGUGUUGUUGACAUCCCGGGCCGCGGUGGCAUAGGACUGAGCCCAGAGUCUCGCCGCCCGCGCGAUGGCAGAGGUGGAGGAAACCCUAAAGAGGGUCCAGAGCCAUAGAGGCGUUAUAGGGACGAUGGUUGUAAACGCAGAAGGCAUUCCCAUCCGAACAACCUUGGACAAUUCGACAACAGUUCAGUAUGCAGGUCUCCUUCAUCAGCUGACAAUGAAAGCCAAGAGCACAGUCCGUGACAUUGACCCUCAGAACGACCUAACUUUUCUUAGGAUCAGAUCAAAGAAACAUGAAAUCAUGGUAGCUCCAGAUAAGGAAUAUCUUCUGAUUGUCAUUCAGAAUCCAUGUGAAUAGACCUGCAACGGCCAAGUUCUCCAAGUUCUGUCCUAGGCCGCUGGGCUGAAAUCACUUCACUCGUUCAUGAUUCCUAAGACUGUGAUCCAGUCUAAAUGAUCUUUUGGACAUUCUUUUCUAUUUUUACAUUUAAACUCUUCUACGUGAUUCAUUUAGUCCCUUUCGAAUGUAUUGUAAAUUUAUGAUGUAGCUAUAUAAUAAAUAAAUU